AUGGUUGUUUUCCCACGACCACUGCGGCACACCGAGAGCGAGGCGGGGUAUAUCAAAUUAGCCAACAAGCAGGACGACCACUACUUCUACUGGUUCUUCGAGUCUCGUGGCAGCCCCGCAACAGAUCCGCUAGUGCUGUGGCUUUCUGGGGGACCGGGCGGAUCCAGCAUGUUCGCCUUGCUAGUUGAGAACGGCCCGUGCACCAUUCAACCAGACUUGAGCACCAAGCUCAACCCCUACUCGUGGAACAACAACACCAACGUCAUUUGGCUCGACCAGCUCGCCGGCGUCGGCUUCUCGUUUGGCUCUCCAGCAGACAAGGACUACAACGAAACGAACGUGGGGGAGAACAUCUACUGGUUCUUGCAAGGAUUCAUGGAGAAGCACCCGCAGUACCGAGGCCGCGAGUUCUUCGUGACGGGCGAGAGCUACGGAGGACACUACGUCCCCGCCGCGGCGCACUACAUUUGGCCGAGGAACAAGGCGGAGGACGACACACCGGCCAUCAACUUGCAAGGCUUGGCGAUCGGCAAUGGGCUCACGAACGAGUUGAUCCAGUACGCGCACAACCAAGACAUGAACCACAAUCGGUACAACAUCAGUUUGUUAACCGAUGCUUAA